GGGGCGUGGCCCGCCGGCUGGUUCCGGGGCCGCCAGUCGCCAUGUCCGGGAGCUGCCGCCAGGGCCACACGGCGAGCCGGGCCAUCCCCGCCAAGCGCCUCAGCCUGCCCGACGGGGCCGCGCUGCCGCCCGGCGACUACAGCACCACGCCGGGGGGCACGGUGUUCGGGACCACGCCGGGCGGUACAAGAAUUAUUUAUGACCGGAAGUUUUUGAUGGAAUGCCGCAAUUCCCCAGUUGCCAAAACCUCACCUUGUGACCUUCCAGAUAUUCCAGGUGUUACCAGUCCAAAUGUGGAGGAGUUGAAGAUUGAAAACAACCAUGUCCACAAUUAUGAGGAAAAGGUGGGCGUAGGCGAGGAAGCUCAAUUUGACAUGGACAUCUAAAGUAUGUGUCCUGAGAGUGCUUGUCUGGUGAAGAAUGGGACCUCAGUGUGAGGGUUCCCACCAGCUAGGCUUUUAGAAUAGCCGUGCUUUUCUGAGUGACUUGCUCUUUCCUGCAAAGGGCAGUCCAUUCGCUUUGACUGAGAGCAGAACACAUCCUAUUACGUGAGGACUGAAAGCAUCAACUGAUUCAUAUGGGUAUAAAUCCAUGAGUAUGGCUCCUGCUGGCAAUGGGCAACAGUGAGAGGAGGAAAGCUCUCUGAUUUUUUGUUUCACAUUUCUAUGCCUUUGUUAAUUGAUAUAUAUCAGUACUGUAAAGGUGACAGAAAUGUAAUAUCAGGGGAGAAAUAAAAUCAUUUGGGGUCUCCA